ACUCAACAGACUCCCAUUCUCAUGACUGGGAAGCCUUCUGAGUCUAAACCAGACUUUGAGGAUGUCACCUUUGUCAACAUUUGCUCUGACUCUUUGUCUCCUGCAAGCCCUUCACAUCAAAGCUGACAUUGACAGCGGUAUUUUUCUGAUCUUCAACCAGGAUCACCACAAGUGCAUAAAGGUAGAAAGCGCCAGCUCAGUAACACUGGCACAGUGCAAUCCCCGUGCCACAGAGCAGCAGUUUCGCUGGGUCUCAGAGUUUCGCCUUCUAAGUCUCUCCCUUAAGCUGUGUCUUGGAGCCACGGAAAUUAAAGACAGGGUAAAGGUGCUUCUUUUUGAGUGUGACGAGAGUAGCAUUCUGCAGCAUUGGCAAUGUAAGAAUGAGACCCUCUUUGGUUUAAAAGACCAAGAUCUGCACCUUAAUUGGGGCAACUUCAACGAGAAGAAUGUAAUAAUCUACAAAGGCUCAGGGACUUGGAGUCGCUGGAGGAUAUUUGGCACUCUGGGGGAUCUUUGCUCAAAGGGGUUUCAAGAGACCAUUACCAUAGGAGGCAAUGCAUUUGGAGCCCCCUGUCAGUUUCCAUUCAAGUACAAUUCGAAAUGGUACGCUGAAUGCACAACGGAUGGACGUACAGACGGGCAGCUGUGGUGUGCUACUGAGAAGGAUUACGACACACAAAGGAAGUUUGGGUUUUGUCCAAAUAAAGGAUCUUUUGGUUGGGACACUGACCCGGUCACCGGGGUUCAGUAUCAGAGGAAUACGCAGGCAACUCUGACGUGGCACCAGGCCAGGAUGAGCUGCCAGCAGCAGGGAGCAGAUCUCCUCAGCAUCGUAGAGCUGCAUGAACAGUCAUACAUUUCAGGAUUAACAAAUCAUUUGGGGACAUCUCUGUGGAUUGGACUAAACAGCUUGGACUUCGAGAGUGGAUGGCAGUGGAGCAAUGGAAACCCAUUCAGAUAUCUGAACUGGGCCCCAGGUCAUCCAUCUUCAGUCCCUGGGGACAGCUGCGCAACUCUAAAUACAAGAACAGCAUCAAAAUGGGAGAGCAAUGCUUGCAGCAAAAAACUUGGCUAUAUUUGCCGUAAAGGAAACUCUACCAGUCUGCCUCCACCACCAGAUAAAGGGCCCAGCUUCUGCCCGAGUCAUUGGGUGCCGUAUGGAGGACAAUGUUAUUACCUGGAGAGGAGUAAAAAGACGUGGAGGGACGCUUUGGCAGCAUGUCACAAAGAAGAAGCAGAUUUGGCCAGCAUAAGCAACAUAGAAGAGCAGAGCUUCAUUAUAACACAGUUAGGAUAUUUACAGACGGAUGUGCUCUGGAUUGGGUUGAAUGAUCAGAGGAACCCGAUGUUGUUUGAAUGGUCUGAUCGCUCUCAUGUGACCUUCACCAACUGGCAAAGUGAUGAACCAUCUCAUGCCGUCAACCACCAGGAGGACUGUGUCUUGAUCCGAGGAAAGGAUGGAAAGUGGGCAGAUCGCAUGUGUGAGAAGACAUAUGGAUAUAUUUGUAAGAAGAAAGCUUCCACAAAACCAACUGGAGGUACCCAAGAGGAAGUCAACCCAGGAUGCAAGCUUGGCACCACUAGAUUUGGUUCCUUUUGCUAUGAGAUUGGACAUGAAACAAAAACAUUUGAAGAGGCAAUGCAGGCAUGCUCAAAAGGGGGUUCAAACCUUGUAGACAUUGUUGACAGAUAUGAGAAUGCUUUUCUCGUCAGUUUGGUGGGACUGAGACCAGAAAAAUAUUUUUGGACCGGGUUGUCCAACACAGAAGACAGGAAUAUUUUCAAGUGGACGACAAGAAGAAAAGUUACCUUUACUCAUUUCAAUGUUGGCAUGCCAGACAGAAAACAGGGGUGUGUUGCCAUGACAACUGGUACUUUUGCUGGUUUGUGGGAUGUUAUCAGCUGCAGCAACAAAGAGAAGUAUAUUUGCAAAAAGAAGGCCGAGGGUGUGCUUGCGACAACCGUCCAACCGACCACCCCACAACUGACCUGUGCCGCUGGUUGGAAGCCUGUUGCUGAAAGGAACAUCUGCCAUAAAGUUUACAAGAAAAUGAAGGAGAACAAAAAGACUUGGCAGGAAGCGCAGGACUUCUGCAAAGCCAUUGGCGGAGACCUGAUCAGCAUACUGAGUAGGAGGGACUUAGACAAUUUGAACAUUUACAGUUCUUCCCCAGUCUGGAUAGGCCUGAGACUAAUGGGUCCCAAUCAAGGUUUUGUCUGGAGUGAUGGAUCACCAUUCAGUUUUGAGAACUGGGGUCUUGGAGAACCAAACAACUACAAUGACAAUGAACACUGUGCAGAAGCUCAGUUUUACUAUGGACAUCACUGGAACGAUCGCAACUGUGACGUCUACAAUGAUUGGAUCUGCCAGAUACGCAAAGGUGUGACUCCCAAUCCCGAUCCAGCCUUCAUUGUAGAAGUAUUCAACACCACGGAAGAUGGGUGGCUCAUAUAUAAUGACAGUCAUUACUACAUAAACAAAAACAAAUUACCAAUGGAAGCGGCAAGAGAUUACUGUAAAAAGAACUUUGGUGAACUUGCAGUGAUAACAGCCGAAAGUGAAAGGAAGUUCCUCUGGAAACAAUUAUUAAGGGGCUCUGAAGCACAAGGCCACACACAAUACUACAUCGGUUUGGUUGUGAACUUGGAUCAGUCCUUCAACUGGAUAGAUGGAACACCAGUAACAUAUACUGCAUGGGAAAACAAUGAGCCAAACUUCGCAAAUAAUGAUGAAAACUGCGUAACAAUGUACACAAGCAUGGGUUAUUGGAAUGACAUCAACUGUGGUCUGGAGCUAGCUUCUAUUUGCAAAAGAAAAGACAGUUUUAUUAAUACAACAAUGGCACCAACUACACCUCCUAAAGGGGGAUGUGCACCUGAGUGGCUUACCUUUAAAGGAAAGUGCUACAAAUUCUUUGCGAAUAAGAAGAACUGGAAAGAUGCCAGAACCCACUGCCAGAAAGAGGGAGGAAAUCUUGUGUCUGUCACCAGUGAGAAAGAGCAAGCAUUCCUAACAACAAAAAUGCUGAGCCAAGAGGAGGAUCUGUGGCUUGGCAUGAAUGACAUCAAUUGGGAAAUGCAUUUUGUGUGGACAGAUGGCAAAGCCAUUUCAUUCACCAACUGGGCCAAGGGACACCCCACAUCAAGACCUGAUGGACACCACUUCCAGGAGGAGGUGUUUGACUGUGUGAUCAUGGUUGGCAGCACCAUCAAAAUAAAAGGACAGUGGAAAGUGGAAGACUGCAGCGAAAAACGUGGCUUUGUCUGUAAAAAGAAUGUCGAUUCCCAGAUUGUGGUGCCAGCCACCACUGUUUCACCAAAGUCCUUUCACAAGAUUGGCAAUGACUCCUACAAACUUGUGACCCAGAAGAUGAGAUGGGAUGAGGCUCGGAGACAAUGCCAGGCUGACGAUUCAGAGCUGGCCAGUGUCCUGAACCCUGUGAUCCAGGCUUUCAUCACCUUGCAGAUUUCCACAUUCAAAGAGCCAGUUUGGAUCGGCCUCAACAACAAUGUGACCGGAGGUCGCUUUAAGUGGGUCGAUAACUGGUUUCUCUCUUACACCAAAUGGGGCAAGAAUGAGCCAAAAAACUAUGGCUGUGUGUAUAUAGAUGUUGAUCACAAAUGGAAGACAACGGAAUGCUCCAGUACUUACUAUUCAAUCUGCAAAAGGUCACAGGACUUGGCGCCGACUGAACCGCCACAGCUUCCUGGCAACUGCCCAGAACCAAAGAAGGACAGAUCCUGGAUGCCUUUCAGGGGUCACUGCUAUUAUUUUCUGGGCUCUGUGGUCAACAACUGGGCUCAUGCCUCAGUUGAAUGUAUGAAAUUAGGUGCUUCUCUAGUGAGCAUCCAGGACCCUGUUGAGGCAGAAUUCAUUCAGAAGAAUAUUGAAAACCUGCAAGAUGAAGCCAAAACUUUCUGGAUCGGUCUAUAUAAGUCCCAUGACAAUGAGUGGAUGUGGAUCGAUAACAGUGUUGUAGACUAUACCAACUGGAAAAAAGGAAUGCCAAAGUCCGACUCAUGUGUGAACAUCCAUUCUGACAGUGGAGAGUGGAGCACAAACAGCUGCAGCAGAUACAGGUCUUACAUCUGUAAAAGGCCUAAAGUCAUCCCAACUACACCAAAGUCUCAGUUUGUAGUUCAAACUGUUAAAGAAGCAUCAUCACAUGGCUCUGCUGGCAUCACAGUGGCUAUUGUGCUGAUUGUCAUAGCCAUAGUCGGACUUGCUGCCUUUCUCCUGUUUCGCAAACGGAUACAGCUACCCAUGACGACCCUGGCCGAGUGCACUUUUGACAACAAGCUGUACUUCAACAAUCCAAAUCAAGUGCCUGUGGACAUGAAAGGCCUGGUGGUCAACAUAGAGCAGAAUGAAAAAGCAUGAGGAGACACCAAUAAUAAUCAGCACAAUAACAAAUGAUCUAAAUUAUCUUUAUUACCUUCGGUUUAUGAGGAAACUGGCCGAACGACUUUGAUUACACUAUUUGAAAGGUCAUGAUGUCAGAAACCAAACUCCAUUGAGUUUAUGUUCAUAUAUGUACAUUUGCAAACACUAUAUUGCCAAAAGUAUGGAAUUACCCCUCCGAAAAAUAUCGUUUAGUCAGUAGUGUGUAAAACCAGAGCAUCUACUGUAGCUAUAACUCAUAAAGAUUGUAAUUCUUGAGAUCAUAUUAAGCAAAAGUAGAAAAUAAAAAAUAAAUAAAAUUAAAUGAUUGAAGGUAAAUUUAUGCAUGUAUGAAGACAAAUAUCCUAAUAAUUUUGGGUACAUAGUGUACAGAAAUCGGUGACAAAUCAGUGUCAUUGUGAAUAUUUACAUAUUCAUAAUCAAGAUCAACAAAUCCUCCUCAGAUGUGAUGCUUGUUAAUAUUUGCUAGUAUUUCUUACGCUAUUGUAAAUAGAAACUGAAUAAAAAAUGAUUAAAGUGA